GGGAGGCGCGGCCAUCGGUCGACUGCUGGCGAUGGAGGCGCCCGAGGGAGACGGGCCGGAUGGAGACCGAGCAGCGCCCCGCUCGCCCCGCGGCUCCCCGGCCGUCCCCGCGGCCACCCGCCUGCGCGCCUUCCUCUGGUGCCGCGAGUUCCUGGCCGGGGCCUGGCGCCGCUUGGCCGCCCCCGAGCAGCUGGGCAUCGUCCCGGUCAGUGGAGGGCUGAGCAACCUGCUCUACAGAUGCUCCCUGCCGGACCACAUCCCCUCCGCCCAGGAGGAGCCACGCCAGGUCCUGCUCCGCGUCUACGGCGUCAUCCUCCAGGGGGUCGACUCGCUGGUUCUGGAGAGUGUGAUGUUCGCCAUCCUGGCCGAGCGGGCCCUGGGACCACGGCUGUAUGGCAUCUUCCCACAGGGGCGCCUGGAGGAAUACAUCCCGAGCCGCCGCCUGGUCACGGAGGACCUGCUGGAGCCCAGCAUCUCGGGGGAGAUCGCGGUGAAGAUGGCCCGCUUCCAUGGCAUGGUGAUGCCCUUCAACAAGGAGCCGAAGUGGAUGUUUGGGACCAUGGAGAGGUACCUGAAGCAGAUCUCUGAACUCACCUUUUCCCAGGAGGCCCAGCGGCACAAGCUGAACCGGCUCAAGGCCUACAACCUGGAGGCCGAAAUGCACAGCCUCAGGACGCUGCUGGAGGCCACGCCGUCCCCCGUGGUUUUCUGCCACAAUGACGUGCAGGAAGGGAACAUCCUCCUCCUGGCCGGGCGCGAGGCCUCCUCCACAGACCGGCUGAUGCUCAUUGACUUUGAGUACAGCAGCUACAACUACCGGGGCUUUGACCUCGCCAAUCACUUCUGUGAGUGGGUCUACAGCUACGCCCACGAUGAGUGGCCUUUCUACAAAGCCAGCCUGGAGAAGUACCCCAGCCGCCAGCAACAGCUGCACUUCAUCCGGUGUUACCUGCAGGAGGCAGGUGGGAAGGCCGACCCCCCCUCGCCGGAGGAGCAGGAGCGCCUGGAGGCCAAGAUGCUUCUGGAGAUCAGCCGGUUCACCUUGGCCUCCCAUUUCUUCUGGGGCCUCUGGUCCAUCCUGCAGGCCAAGAUCUCCACCAUUGAGUUUGGCUACCUGGAAUACGCCCAGUGCCGCUUUGAGGCCUACUUCCAGCAGAAGGCCAGGGGAGAGUGACCAUAGGCUGGCCAGCGGCCAUGAACUGGCCUGACCAGGGCUGGCAUAUCGGACAGCUGGAACUGAGGGACCAAGACUGGAGGGGUGGCUGGUCAGCCCUCCUGCAAGACACACUCUCUGCACAUCUGCCUCAGGGAUGUGGUGCCUGGAUUUGUUCGGCCAACCUGGGGUUUGGGGGCUGCUGUGACCCGUGCAGGGCAGCCUCCUCUGGAGCAGCUUGGGGGGGGGGGUCAGUGCCUUCCUCGGUUGCAGUCCAGGUUGACAGACAGAAAGGGCGUCAUGUCCACAGCCCCUCUCGUGUGGGGCGCCUCGGAGCCCGAAGCUCCACCCUCUCCUGCUGAACAUCUGCAUGAAACCGCUGGGAGAGGGAGGGGGUUGCCUUCCAGGCCAAGCCUCCGCCAGGAAGCCCCAGGUGCAAGUGACCAACCAGGCCCACCUGUGGCCUUUGCACACCUGGGUCUGUGUGAUGCCCCUCCCCCCUCUGGGUCAGCUGUGUCCCCAUCCUUGGUCUUGUGGGGGGCCCCAUUUCCCUCUUCCAGACUGGGGUGCAGCUGGGGUGGGGGAGGGUCAUCCUGCCACAAGACGAACCUUUGCGCUUUUCGUCCCCCGUGUGCCAGUUGCCCCCUCGGCCUUCAGCUCCCCUCACAGAGGACUGCGAUGCCCUGGAGGUGGGGCUGCCCUCGAAGGCCACCCAGAAGCCACAGCCGGUAGAGGAAGCCUCUCGGGGGCCCUUCCAGCUGCCAGCCGGCGUCCGUUGCCUCCAAAGCUCUGCAGGUCAGAGAGCUGGAGGGCCGCUUGUCUCCGGUCAUUUCUGGAGGGGAUGUGUGCCAAGUCCCCCCCCACCAAUGAAGCCCUGCCACCUCCUGGGACCCGGGAAGCCUUGCUCUCCCUUCCCCAGGUCCUCCAGAGGUAAAGACGGUUCCAGAAAGGAUGGGAAAGUUGGCUUUGGCUGCAGGCCACUGUUCAUGAGACUCAGCGGGCCCCAAUCUGUCCUCUUAAUUCUACUCUGGGCUAAUAAAUCCAUGAAAUGUCCAGCAUGGAGGACUCUGAUGCCCCUCCCCCCACGAGCUUUUCUGCUGCCCGUUCUGAGCGCAGCUCCUCCCAGAAGCAUGAGAGGGCUGGACGGAGGCUUUGCACUGUACAGAAUAAAAAAACAACAUUCGUUUGUGGGAA